AUGCUUCUUAUUUUAGUGUUGCUGAGCUCUUUUUUGGUGGAAGGAUGCAGGCAUGAAUUGGAAGAGGACUCUCUCAAAUUGACUGCGUUCGAGGCCGAGUUGCUUGGCAUUGUGGGUAUGUUCUGUUCUCGAGUCUCAUCCUUCCAGCAUUGUUAACCAUUUUGAUGACAUUGACUUGUCCCAUGUUUAUGGCCAUGAAGAAAAAUCUGAGUUCGAUUGCUGAGGAGAGAAAGAAAAGACUCGAAUGCAUGUUCAAUUUACAAAAACAUUCCCGGAUCCAGGUGAGGACCAGUAUUUUCCUUGUUAUUAAUGGGUCAACAUGUGCAAGUUGAUCUUUAUUUCAGCCAAACCUCCCCUUGUCUCACCUUCGUCGAUUCUAUGAGAGCCAAGAAGAAAUUAGAGAAAUCGACCCUCAUAUUAUAUACAUGCCAUGA